UUAUGAUCCGAUAAGGAUUGAAGCUCAAAUCUUCGGAAUGGUUGUCGGUAACUAAGUCACGGUGUCGCGUUUGGUAGGACGAAAACUGGCAACACCUUUUAAAUUAAUGUUGUUUCUCUGAUUGAUUUUUAACAGUUACCUUUUUAACACUUACACAGUAGUAAACUGACUGUAAAAUUGUGAUAGUCAUGCUGAACGUUGUUAUCAGCGGAGUUGCGUCAGAAAUGCUUUCGAAACUCACAUUUGCUGUGGAAGGACUGACAGAAUUUACAACGAAGCGGAAGCGUAAGCGUGUCGACAGUGUGCGAAGAGGGAAGUUGCUGAAGAAGAACCUGUGUUAAAAAGGCAAUGACAGCAGCAAACAUACUCCAUGAUAUCGAUGUUCCUACAAAGAAGGCAACAUUUGGAAUGGGCUGUUUUUGGGGCCCUGACACGCUCUAUGGUACACUCAAAGGAGUCAUAAGAACAAGAGUGGGAUAUUCUGGAGGCACAAAAAUUAACCCCACAUAUAGAGAUCUUGGAGAUCACACAGAGUGUAUUGAUAUUGACUAUGACCCAAACGAAAUUUCCUUUGGAAAUUUACUUGAAGAGUUUUGGAAAAACCAUGAUCCCACUUACGGAGCCAAGAAACAGUACACAUCCUUAAUAUUUUACCAUGAUGAUGAUCAAAAGCAGAUAGCUGAGAAAAGUUUUAAAGAAGAGGAAGAGAAGAAAGGCCAGAAGGGCAAAUUUGUCACCAAAAUAUUACCAGCAGCAGAGUUUUACAAUGCAGAGGACUAUCAUCAGAAAUAUCGCCUGCAGCAGCACACACAGCUUGUGCAAUGGUUGGGUCUGACGUCUGGCAAGAAGCUCAUAAGUUCACAUGCUGCUGCACGUAUCAAUGGAUAUGUAGUAGGUAUGGGUGGUGUGCAAAUGUUUGAGGAGGAUGUCAGUAGACUUGGACUUACACCUGAAAUAGCAGACUAUGUGCGGAAGUGGGUUACAAAAUAUGAAGGGCGUGGCAUGAUUUGUUGACUAUUCACUGGUGUGUCAGUUGCUAUUGCUGCAGUAUGUUCUACUGUAUGAAGCCUAGAAUUGUUAGUGGAGUUUGUCCACAGCCUUCACAUACACAUGGGUGGAGGAGAGAAGGGGGGGGAGAGAGUUAUAUGUAUUGAUAAAGCAUUUUUUUCUUCUCAGGGAGCAGUCAAUCAAAUAAUUUUAUAAGGAUUGUAACUGAAUGCAUCUUUUAUCUGAAUGAAUAGAACAACGGUAUGAAACCAAAGAUUUUAGUCAAAUUCCUGUUGUUUGCUUUUCAUUUUUGUUUGAAAAACUUAUGCUUCAUAAGGAAUGUUUUUAAAACUGCCAGUGUAAAAUCAUCAAACGAGUGUCAUUGUUUACAAAUAUACAGUAGUCAUUCCAGCAGCAGGGCCAUGAUGUUGUUAUAAAUGACAAAAUGUACAGCUUGUUACAGAAUAUUAAAGUUUUUAUACAGUUGACCAAA